AUAGGUGUAAAUGGCCACUCCCCUUGGUGGGUUGAUUGACAGCUCAAAGUUGCUUGUCCCUCCCCUCUGUUUAAGGAGGUGGGAGAUGAUGGAAAAUAGUGUAUUACCUUAGAGAGCUUCAUCUGAGUUGUCAGACAAAAAGAAGAGUUCAAAAGAAACAAGGGUAGAGAGAGAGAGGCAGGAGGAGGUGAUAGCCCAGGCAUUCUCUGCUACAGCAGCCAGCAGGACAGAGGAAGAUCCUGGAUACAGAAAGAGGGACAAUUUGCUAACAUCAGCAGCAGGUGAUAACCUUUCUUGACGAAAACUUGCUGUGACUGUUGCAACUAAGAACGAAGAGGAGAGAGACAGUGUAUACACAGUGCAGACAUUGCUGUUAAUUCUGCAUGCUGGCAUCCUGGGGAAGUGUUUGUCAGUGUCAGAGGGGGACGCAGUGUUGGUGUGUGUCUAAAUGCUGUCUCCUGGAGCCUGGCUGUUAGUUCAUAUUCUUAUUCUGCUUCUGCAGCUGCACUGAGCCAUUCCAGCUCAGCCAACCCCCCUUACUCUACUGCUCUGGACUCCUGUGCUCUGAUCCUGAAGAGAAAGUAAAGAAAUCUCUUUUAUUUCCCUGCAAACGAGUAUUAUCAGGACUAGAAGGUAAACAUCACUUGGCCAGAGGAAAAAGAAUACUAAUAAAAAAGACUGGUUAUCCCAAGCAGGCCUGGGGACUGAACACUGCAAAAAUAAAAAACAUAAAAACUCUGCUGACCUUCUCUUUGGCAUCCACUGGCUGUUUGGACACAAAAUCUGCCCCCCUGUCAUAGUUGGGGAAGUUUUAAUAUGGACCUCAAAGUGGCCAACUUCCUCAUCCUGAAGAAGGCAGUAGUCCAUUAGCAGUGCACCUGACUGCUAACUUGUCCCUUUCAAAUUUUAACUCACAGGAGGAAAAAAGGGGAAGCUGACUUUUUUGAAUUUGUUGCUGUGUGUGUGAAGACCACCUCCUCUCCAGGAAGAUUCCUGUCCCAUCCCACCUGUCGCCUUCUGACCAGUAUUUGUCCAAGUGCAGUUGACAACCUUUAUUUCUUCCACGGUCAAGUGAUGUUAACGUUAGGGCAGAUGGAUGGCACCAGGCAGAGCGCUUUUCUCCUCAGUAGCCCUCCCCUGGCAGCCCUACACAGCAUGGCAGAGAUGAAGAACCCUCUCUAUCCAGCCUAUGCCCUCUCAGGGCAACCGUGUUCUUCAUCUGCUUCUUCAUCCUCCUCCUCCUCAUCUUCUCCAUCUCCACCCUUAGGCUCCCCAAACCAAGUCACCCUGAAACACUCUUCAUCUUCAUCACCAUCAAGUGGGGUUCUUUCCUCUUUGGGAACACCUCCCCCUCAAGUAUCAUCAACAGCUACCCCUCAUGGGAUCAAUGAUAUUUUGAGUCGCCCUGUAGUCUCAUGCCUUUCAUCCCUCACUGGGGCUUCCCUCUCCCCUUCCACUGCAGUUUCCUCUGCUGGUGUUGCCACCUCUUCUCCUGCAGGAAUUCUGGCAGGACUCCCAAGAUUCAGUAGUUUGAGCCCCCCACCUCCUCCACCUCAUGGACUUUACUUCGGCCCCAGUGCUGCAGUAGCUGUGGCUAGGUACCCCAAACCACUGACAGAUCUUCCAGGAAGGACCCCAAUCUUCUGGCCUGGAAUGAUGCAAAGCCCACCAUGGAGAGAUGCAAGACUGGCCUGUGGCCCCCGUAAGUAAUCUACAGCGACAUUAUUUUGGGGGACAUAAAGAUGUUACAUUAGUACACCUUGAAUGAUAUUAGGCUACAAUGUAGAUAGUGCUUACUGGGAUAAUAGGGGCUGAGAAGGGUUAAUUUUCUUAAUAAUGUGGAAUGGAGACUUGACUUCUGAUUGUAGAAUAAUCUCAUAUAAUUAUGAGAUAACAGUCAAAAACUGUUAGAAAAAAAAACAGAAUUCUUUUAAGCAGCAUUAGUUAUAUUUUUUUUUCUAAGUCUGUUAUUUGUAUCUAAUUUUUACAAACUGGUUUGUCAAGUCAGCCUCACUGGCUGUUUAGUGAAUAGACCCCAUAUUUUCUGGAUUAAUGAAAAGGGCAGUGGAGGAAAUGUUGGGGUAAAUGAUAAAUGGCUGUAUAAUACCAGUCAUCAGACCAGCUGAAAAUAUUACAGCACUUACAAGGUAGACACAAUAAUCAGGUGAUCAGAGAAGAUUAUAGUAUUUUUUGGAACGAACAAAUAAAUAUGUUAACACAAAAAAUAAAAAUAAGAAUUGCAGUUUAAUUUUGAAAUAUUUAUGUCAUGUCAUUAAAAUGCAGCUAUUAACAUGCAAACGAUUUUAAAGCAAUUGUCGAAAAAUCAUGCACUCUAAUAUAAAUCAGAUAUAAUUAAAUGUUUAAUGUUACAUUUAGCAUUUCACAUAAACACAUAAAGUGAGGAUAUAUAUAACAAGCAAUUAUAAUAAGCAAAUCAGAAUACUUAAUACAACCAGAAUUGUAAUAAUAAAUUAACCGGAUUUUUUCUUCUAAAAUUCUUCUAAUAAUUUAAACAAGCCUGUAUAUACCAUGGACAUAAUAUUAUUGGAGAUUUGGAUAUUAAAUACCCACUUGAAAAGCAACAAUAUUGCAAUAUUAAAUGAAAAACAUACCGAUUUAUUGUAUUUGUGAAAAUUCACAAUUGUUGCCAUCUUCCCCCUUAUUUAAAGUACUAGGCUGUGCAAAAAAUCUGAGCCAAUUUAGCUUUAAUUUUUUUAUAAUAAAGUGUGAGAAUCAGACAUUGUAACGUUCUAAUUCUCACCAGCAACACACGUUCUAAAUUCUCAGUUUCUGUUUUGUUUUGUUGCUGUUUGCGCUACUAUUGUGAAAUUCAAGCUUUAUAUAUAAAAUAAAGUGGAAAUAUAUGGCACAUAUUUUGUAUUACUUGUAAUGGAAAAGUUAGCAAGUUUGUUUUUAUAUAUGCUUCUGCAUGCAUUCAUUGGGUGUGUGUGUGUGUGUGUGUUUUCUGUCUGUCUAUCUAUCUAUCUAUCUAUCUAAUCUAUGCAAUUAAAAAACUCACAUAUAUGAAUGUGUUUGUGUAUAAACAUUAUUGUCAAUAUUUACAGAUGACCUUUGUCAGUUUUAGAUGAAGUUAAUUUUCUAUUCCCAUUCUUUAAAGUCACAGUAACCAUGUUCUGUGUCUCCUGUUUUCCAGACCAGGGCUCAGUCUUGCUGGAUAAGGAUGGAAAGAGGAAACACACUCGCCCCACGUUCUCAGGACAGCAGAUCUUCGCUUUAGAAAAGACAUUCGAGCAGACAAAAUAUCUAGCCGGUCCAGAGAGAGCCAGGCUGGCGUAUUCCCUGGGAAUGACUGAGAGCCAAGUCAAGGUGAGCUGGGGCAUCACUGCUACGUUGGAAUGUAUGGACUUUGGUGGAACGCUAUGGUGGUUCGUCCACUAAACAGUGCUUUUCCUGUGAAUUUAAUAAUGUAGGACAAAAUAGCUGUGUUAAAACAAAAAUCACAAAUUAGUUUUGUUUGCAAUUCCGGGUUGAAUUCGGUUUUAAAUUCACGCGAUUUCACAGUUUAGGUUAACUUAAGUAUUUUAAUGACGAAUAAUAUUCUGAUGAUGUGAAUAAUGUGUAUCUUCUAACCGAGGAUUGUGGAGAAUUGAGAAAUACAUGGAAUAUUCUAGACAGACAUAGCUCCAAUUUAACUAAUUUCCUGAUGAACUAUUUUGGUCCAAAAUUUGUCUAUAUUCCCGGUCUAGUAUAUAAUCUAAAAAUCAUGUCCUAAAAGCAUAAAUAAUGAAUGCAUUAUACAGAGCGAUUUAACAUGAGUUAUAAUUGCAACUGCUGGAUAUCUGUACCAUUUUAUAGAAAAUACUUUUUUGCUUGUAUUUUCAAAUAUAAUACUUCUGAGAUUUUAAUUUUUUUUAGAAAUAUAUUUAUAUUAAAUAGAAAAACCAAACACAACAAAAGAACAGAAAAGAGAAAAAAAUAAAUGAAAACCAGAUAUUUAUUUUUAAUUAAAAAAUAAUUCUAGAUGUAAAAAUCUCGAUGCAUUUGUUUUCCUGGUAAAACAGGUUGUGUGAGUUUUUUUUUUUUCCAGAAUAAAACACCCAUCAGGGUAUCAUUUGAGAUUUUUAAAUCAGAGAUGUGAACACUAGUCAAACUACUUAAAUGAACUGCAUAUUAAACACGAACAAAAGAUAUUUAGAAACUAAUGUUUUACUGGUGUCAAUUGACACUUAUGAGCAUUUUUAAACUAAUGUAAACUAUUUUAAGAGUUUUUCUAAUGGUUCUAUUUUACUGGGUUCCCAAAUAGGGACAUUUAACCUGUUGCUAUUGUAAGAAGAUGUGUCUUGUGUCUUGUCACUGUGUUAUCUGUGGCCACUCAUUUGUCAUGGUAAAUGUCUGAUAGUGAAUACAUUACAACCCAUGCAGUGAUCCCACCCAGGAUUCUAUUAUUCCUUCUCAAUUCCCAAGAUUCUAGUAAAAAAAAAAAACCAUACACACCUGUCAUCUGAACUAUUGUAGUGUCACCGCACCAAUUGUUAAAAAGAACAAGCAAGCCAGAGGAAUGGAUGGGAUUGUCACAACUGGGAGGUUAUUUUAACAGAUAAAUGUCAGAAAAUAAAACAUUUUUUUUUUUAAACUCUCGACUAUUUGUAUAAAUUUAUUUAUGAUAUAUAUAUAUAUAUAUAUAUAUCAAAAAAGAAACAAAAAGUAAAUUAAAAAAAUGCACUAAUGAAAAAAUAAAAUCUCGUUUUAAUACAUAUUAUAAUUCUUUCUAAUACAUAUAAUAAGUUGAAAUGUGCCUGUGGCUGUUGCUUACAUUAUUUCAUUAUUUUUACAUUUCCUUAUGAUGUGAAUAUAUUGCAUGCUUGUAUAUGUCACACACACAUAUAUGCUAUAUUAUAUAUUUUAUAUGUGAAUAGAAUUAUCGUGUUGGAAUAAAUACUCAUAGUUUUGCUGGAAUUCAUAAUAUAAACUGCAAAUCGGUUGUGAUUGCAAGUGGAAGCAGAGUUUUGCAGACAGUGUAUCUCAGUGUUAUAGUGUAAAUAUUCAGAUAGGAAUUAUAUGCAGAUAGUACAUGGUAGGGGUUGCUGUUCUGCAUAGUCUGACAGGUUAGCAGUAUGAUGCGAUGUGUUACUUAUAGCGAAAGAUGGCUUGAGAUCUUCGUAGAAGCUGCAGUGAAUGGGAGAUCCAUGGUGAGGUUAUAUAAAGGACUCGUGAUGAUGCAGGACUGGUGAUGUGAAUUGUGAUAAGUUCUGGAGACCACUGUUGUAGGGGCUUGUGAUUGGCCAAUGCCUGCUCUUUCUGCUCCUUUUCAGUCUAGGCAACUUGUGGCACGCAUUUCAUCUUUUAUCUCCAUAACUAUAGAAUCAUUAGGAUAUCUGUAAUAUAUAUAUAUAUAUAUAUAUAUAUAUAUAUAUAUAUAUAUAUAUAUAUAUAUAUAUAUUGCCUGUAGUUUAAUAAUAUCAGGUGUCUGUUAGCUGGUUAAUAGAUAUUUCUAGACUUUGGAAAAUGACCCCCUCUCCCACCCCCAAAAUAAAAUAUCAGUCAUUAAUUCCAAAAUAUUCUUCUAUUUUAUUGCAAAGAACAGCUUUAACAAAAUCCUGUAUUGCCUUAUUUUCUGGUCUGAACAGGUUAAUGUAACAUAGAUAUUAUAAAAAUACCGAUGCAUAUAAUUCAUGGUAAACUCCUGCAUAAUGGUUAAGGGGGAAAAAAGUAACAUAUAAGUUUUCAGAUAAAAUUCUAAAAAUAAGAAAAACAUAUGGUAUUUUUUAAUUUAAUCUUUUAUCUGUGUUUAUAUAAAGGGAAAACUAGGGAAUUUAACCCCAUAUUUGCUGAUUGUGAGUAAAUAACACUUAGAUCAUAAAUUAACCUAGAUUAUUUUUUAUUAUUACUAUAAUUAUUCUUUUUAGAGCGUUAAGUGCACUUUGUAACCAGGAUUGCAUAUAUUUUGUGUGAUGCUUGUAUUUUUUUUUUUUGAGUUCGCUGGUCUCGUUAUGCUCAGUCUAUUAUAGAGAAGACUAAAUUCGUGUUAUAUUAAAUUAUUAUUUUUCCCCUUAUGUCCUCUGCAGGUUUGGUUCCAGAACAGGAGGACCAAAUGGAGGAAAAAGCAUGCUGCAGAGAUGGCUACAGCCAAAAAGAAGCAGGACACGGAAACUGAGAGACUGAAGGGGGCUUCAGAUAACGAGGAAGAGGAUGAUGACUAUAACAAGCCCCUGGACCCCAACUCAGACGAUGAGAAGAUCAACCAACUUCUUAAGAAACACAAAUCCAGCAGCUCACUGCUUCUGCAGCAGUCUGAAAAUGACAGCUCUUCUUAGAGGGAUGGGUGGACAGCCCCUGGACCUGGACAAGUAGGGUGGUCUACAGACUCUAGAGAUGGAAUGGAGACAAUUAGUUGGUCUGGACAAGGUCUUCUUCUGAUCAACUCUUCCUGAACAAGGUCACCUUCCCUCCUCUUUAUACUCACAGCACUGCGCCUAGGGCGAUAUAAGACUUUAUUUUCUAAGAUGUACAUAUAUAUUUUUAUACAUUCUAAGCCGAUGAAAGAUAUUCAGUAUUCACACACAAGCUAUUAUCCAGACACAGUAGCAUUGAUGGGUUAUGAGUAAAUAGUAAUUCUUGGCUCAAGUUCUAAAAGUGGAACAAUCAACAAGACUAUUCAAUUGGCUUCCAUGCUGACUGUUCCAAUGAUAGAACUUUGCUCCAGAAUUACUCUUUGUACAAAACCCCUUAUUAUGGUGCAGAAGAUAUAGUAGCCACCCAGUUACUUAAAAGGAGAAUGGGAGAUAGGCAUUGAAACAUGGGAUUAGACAUUCUCUCCACUAAAAAAACUGUUAUUAAUGGAAUUUUGUUAAGAUGCAUGUGAUCUGGAAGGAUUCACUUAAUCAGCUUGUUGAAGGGUCUUGUAAAUAAAACCGUGAGUCACUCAGAUAGGAGGUUGCUCCACUGUGAAUGUUUGAAUGUAAAAUAUUAUUUUUUGUUUUGUUUUGUUAAAAAUAAAUAUGGGAGAUGUAUAGCCAGUGGGGGGUGUCACAUGACAAUGUUCAUGCAUCCGUUCUGUUUUUCCUUAUGCCCUGUCUUCCUGCAAACUGAACUCAUGCCCACUCUUUACUAGAACAUAUUUGAUAAAUGGACAACUCCUUCUCCCCCAUAGGCCAGUUAAAUAUUGGAUUUGACUGUAUUGUUGCACACAUUUUGAUAUUUAUUACUAACUGAUACAUGUGCAAAUAAAAACAAAAAAACAAACAAACAAACAAAAAUAAAAACAACAACACACAAAAAAACUACAUGAUUGUGGAAAAGGGUUAUAAAAAAUAUUUUUCACAAUAAAUCUUAUUGCAGUUAUAUAAAUGGUUAAUGUUGUAACCACAACCUUAUAAACACGGAUACUCCUGAAUAAAUUGUACUGCAUUCUAAAUAAUGUUUUGUAUGAUAAAAAAAAAUUUACUAUAGGAAAUGUAAAUGGCAUUCUUUUUAAGGUAUACCUACAGUGAUAUUAUACUGGCAUCUUACAUUUAUUAAUUUAUAUAAAGAAAAUGUUUUAGUUUGGAG